AUGGACGUGGAAUCACUACUGCGCGCUUCCACGAACGGUCAUUUGAACAUUGUGAAAUUAUUCGUCCAUCACGGAUUGGAUCCCAAAAUUUCUGACGCGUAUGGAUGCAACGCUCUGAUGAGCGCCGCUGCGCAUGGACACGCGGACCUCGUUCGAUACUUGAUCAAGCAAGGUGUCGAUGUGAACGCGAAGCAAGUUCAUGAUGGAUUUUCAGCAUUGAUGCUGGCGAGUGAUGAAGGUCACGUCGAGGUUGUACGAGUACUUGUGGAGAGUGGCGCGCUGCUUGACGCGUACUGCAAAUCGGAUGGGCAAACGUCUCUCACGCUGGCGACAAGGCGCGGUCAUGUCGACACGGUGCGCGUGCUCUUGGAAAACGGUGCGAGUGUGGACGCGACUCGCCCGCUCGAAGGAGAUGCCACUUUGUUAUCCGCGGCACGAAGACAUGAUUUGUGUAUCAUUCGCGUACUACUGGAGUACGGCGCAAACGUUCACGCCACUGGUGUCGACGGAAGUACGGCGUUAAGUUUGGCGUGCGAUAACGCUUGUGAUGACGACGUCGAGAUCGUGCAGGAACUUAUUCGAGCCGGUGUGAGUGUGAAUCGCUGUCGUGUAAACGGUCUAUCUCCGCUAAUGCUGGCAGCUCGUCGCGGAAAUUCAAACAUCGCAAAGGUAUUGUUACAACAUGGAGCAAACGUAGACGCCGUGUGCGACGACGAAGGGUCGUCCGCGCUGCUUUACGCCUCUGUGCGCGGACACGAAGAUAUCGUUCGCGCACUCAUCGACGCUGGUGCCAACGUCAAUGUCGCGCAAAAGAAGGACGGGUACACCGCGCUGAUGCUGGCGGCUUUACACGCGCACGCCGAUGUCGUUGAAACGCUGAUACGUGGCGGCGCGGAUGUCAAUGCGCAGUGUCCAGACACGAGAAUUACGGCUCUGUGGCUCGCGAACGGACACGAAACCAUCAUAAAAGCGCUGACGCGAGCGGGCGCGAUGCAGUCGCCAGUCGACGACGUCUACGAAGCCGUGCUCGGAUCGCACUUUUCUCUGCGGUUGAAAGAUUUAUGCCUUGUCGUCCUGCGGUCCGUCUACGAGCGAAGAAGCGAAUGUCCAGCGAGUUUCAUGGAGGAUACGCGCGAGCGGAUGAAGUCAAUGUGCUCAGUCGCGCUGGAUCACGCUCAAACGCGACUUGAGGACUGGCUCACCGCGAUUGAUGAGUGCGCCGUCCACAUUCCCGAAGGAAUAUCGAUCGCCGUGUACAAACUCCUGCGGAGCGCGUACGACGAACUUCAACAAUACGAAUAA